CUGUGUCCCCGGAGCCGGGCCGGGGGCUGCUACAGGACGCGGCGGCGGCGGCGGGCCAGGCCCAGGAGGCUCUCGGGGCUCCGGCUGACUCGGCAUGAGGCGCGCUCCGACGGCGGCGCCCGGUUUCUCCAUGCUGCUCUUCGGCGUGUCGCUCGCCUGCUACUCGCCCAGCCUGCGCUCGGUGCAGGACCAGGCGUACUCGGCGGCCGUGGUGCUGGAGGGCAAGGUCCAGGCGCUGCCGGCCACCUCCCCGACGGCCUCGGCGGCGGCGGCGACAGGCAACGGGAGCCGGGAAGAGGCGCCGCCGCCCCCGGGCCUUCUGGUGAAGGUUCUGGACUUGUGGCCCCUCAACAGCGGCGGCCUCCAGCGGGAGCAGCUCAUCCGCGUGGGCUCCACGCCGGCGCCCUGCUUCAAAGUCAAGCGCAACCACCGCUACAUCUUCUUCCUGGAGCCCACCGAGCAGCCGCUGGUCUUCAAGACCUCCUUCGCCCCCCUGGACACCAGCGGCAAGAACCUCAAGAAGGACGUGGGCAGGAUCCUGUGCGCGGACUGCGCUGUUCGUCCAAAACUGAAGAAACUGAGAAGUGUAAAUGUGGAAGUGGGAGCAAAGCUUUCUUUGAAAUGUGAGGCAAGUGCUGGCAAUCCCCAGCCAUCCUAUAAAUGGUUCAAAGAUGGCAGAGAACUGAAAAAGAGCAAAGAUAUCCGGAUAAAAUAUGGAAAUGGAAAAAAAAUUUCCAGAUUGCAGUUCAAUAAAGUGAGAGUGGAAGAUGCAGGUGAAUAUAGUUGUGAAGCAGAGAAUGUGCUGGGCAAGGACACAGUCAAAGGAAGUCUCAAUGUGAGAAGUGUAACUACAACUCUCUCCUCUGGGCCUGGACAUACUAAACAAUGCAAUGAAACAGUCAAGUCCUAUUGUGUCAAUGGUGGUGUGUGCUACUACAUUGAGGGCAUAAAUCAGCUGUCCUGCAGAUGUCCAAAUGGAUUCUUCGGACAGAGAUGUUUGGAGAAACAGCCUUUGCGAUUGUACAUGCCAGAUCCUAAGCAAAAAGCUGAGGAGCUGUAUCAGAAGAGAGUUCUAACCAUAACUGGGAUUUGUGUGGCGUUGCUUGUUGUGGGAAUAGUGUGUGUGGUAGCUUACUGUAAAACCAAAAAACAGAGAAAUCAAAUGCAUAAUCAUUUGCGGCAAAAUAUGUGUCCAGCUCAUCAGAACAGGAACCUUGCAAAUGGCCCUAGCCACCCCAGACUGGAUCCUGAGGAAAUUCAGAUGGCUGAUUAUAUGUCCAAAAACGUUCUCGCUACUGAGCAUGUCAUACGAAGGGAAACAGAAACUACUUUUUCAGGGAGCCAUUCCUGCUCUCCAUCACAUCCGUGUUCCACAGGAACUCCAACUUCAAGCCAAAGACAUGAAAGCCACACUUGGAGCUUGGAACGGACAGAAAGCCUGACUUCAGAUUGUCAGUCUGGGAUCAUGUUGUCUUCAGUGGGAAGUAGCAAAUGCAACAGCCCGGCCUGUGUGGAGGCUCGUGCUCGGCGGGAAGCUGCAUAUGGCCCUGAGGAUCAGAGGAGGCCAAUGAUGCAAUACAGAGACUCCGUGGAUUCUCUCCGAGACUCACCACAUAGUGAGAGGUACGUGUCUGCCUUGACCACCCCAGCACGCCUGUCACCUGUUGACUUCCAUUGCUCAGCAUCAGCCCACAUGCCCACCUUUGAGAUCACUUCUCCUAAUUCAGCUCACACAGUCUCAGUGCCUCCUGCAGCAUCCAUUAGCUUCCAGGUGGAGGAGGAGCAGCCAUUGCUCAGAAGAUACCAGGUCCCUUCCCAAGAUAUACAGAGGUAUGAUAGUUACUACCAAAGAAGGAUCUACCUGAAUGAGAGCACAGGGAGCUUGCCCUCCAGUCCCUUCCACAUCGCAGAGGAUGAUGAAUAUGAGACAACGCAUGAGUACAUCACUGCACUAGAUCGGCCAAAGAGAACAGGCAGCAACAACAGACGGUGGAGAAAAUCUAAACUGAAUGGGCAUCUGUCACACAGGGGCAAAAUGCUUAGGGACUCCUUUUCAAUGAGCAGUGCCUCAUGCAGUGAAUCUGAUGAGGCAUUGGUGGCUGAGAGCACUCCUUUCUUAAGUAUUCAGAACACUGAGGACACAGAUUCACCCCCUCUGUAUCGUCUGGCUGAGAGCAGGACUUACUAUUCUUUUGACAGAUGCAGCGCACAAGGAGGCAGCCAACUAACACAUAAUACCAGAUCCAGCCAAGAUCCAGCACCACCGUAGAUGCCACGUAGACUGUUCCUCAUGCCCACUCCCAUGAACACAUCAGGACUGAGGAGGGGGGUUGAUAACAGAAAAGAGAAAUUUUUAUUUUAUAUAUAACAAAGGAAAAUAUGAAAUGUUUUAUUUUCAUUUUAGCAAUGAUGUCUUAUAAUAGCUAAUGGCAAAAACCUUUUUAUAAGGAAUCUCUAUAUGUAACAUCUUGACUUACAGCUUCUGAGAAAAGAAGAAAUCAACAAAAAAAUUAAAAAGAGAUGGGCCAAUUUUGACUACUUACAAAUCAUUUUAAAAUAUCGUUGUGCCUUUUGCUGUAUGCUAAUGCCAGAGUCCACACUGAAAAUUAUGUUUAAGCAUUCUUGAGAUCAUAGGCUUUAUGUUCAGGAGAACUUGUUAUGGAAUAUUUUAAUAGGCACUUUUCCAUUUGAACAACAACACCCUUUUAAAUUGCUUGGUAUCUGGAUGUUGGUAAUCUAGUGCUUUUAAAGUAUUGCACAUUCUCUCUCUCUCUCUCUCUCUCUCUCUCUCUCUCUCUCUCUCUCUCUCUCUCUCUCUCUCUGUCUCUCUCACUCACUCACUCACUCAUUCACACACAUACAUACACACGUAUCAGUGUACCUUUCCUUUCAGGGAAAAUAAUAUGUACUGGUAAUUUUGCUUUUUAUUGCAAGAUAGGUAGGAAGAGGAAAAAAUUACACAAUAGCAACAGUCUUUACAAUAUAUACCUUAUCCUGAACAGAUCUGUGAACAAACAAAUUCAGUAUUUCAAAUUAAUGUGGUUAAAUAAUUCUACUUCAGGUAAUGCUGAUUUAAAAAUCUGCUACAGCAUCUUUAUUGAAGACAAGCCCUAGCUAUUUCUUAGUGACUCUGAGCAACUGCUGUUCAUUUUUCAGAGCAAAAAAAUGCAGUUCAGAUGCUGGCUUGAUCAUAAAACCAAUACGAGCUCCACAGUGGAAGGUUUAGGACACAACAAGGUGGCGUUGAUGAGGUGUGGACACAUAUUUGACAAGCCCCAUGUGAGAUAAGAAUCUCUUGAAGUCCAUCACCCCAGUCACCACUGUUUCCUCCUCCUCUUUAUCACAAACAGUGUCAUUAGCAUCAUGCUAGUGCCUGCUGGCCCCAUGGAAAGAAACAUCAAAAGAAAUGCUUUGGAUUGGCAUCAGUGUGCCACAAUUUGUAAAGACAGCUGUUGUUGUAACGUUGCAGCGUUUCACAAUGACUUUCUUUUUUAAAAAAAGGAACAAGGCAUCAAGUCAUUAGCAACUCUGAGACAGCCUUGCUUGUACAGCUGGCAAGAAAAUGUCCAUGAAAGAGAGAGAACCCUUCCUUCUUUUCUUUCAGUUUCUUGUGUGGCCCUCUGGUUUACAUCAUAGCCUGCCUCUUUCUUUUUUUUAGUUUGACUUCUGCAUGUCCUUUGCAUUUCAGAUACUGUAGAUUGGAUGCAUGGAGAAGCUGUGACUGAGAAGAUAAAAUACAAUUGCCAGUGUAUUUCUUUUAACUUUUAGCAAUAAAGUACUUUAAACCCUUUGUUCCUCAUCCACAACAGGGUCCAAUAGAAACGCUGCUAAUUUGUCAUAAAGAUGAUUGUAAACAUUUGCUCUGGAUUGUUUGAAUGUCAGAACUCUUGACUGUUUAACACUUGAACUUUUUUUAAUAUUAUAAUAAAUGUAAGAAAUUAC